GAGAAAUAUUAUAGAAAUGAAAAUGAAGCAAUUUUCUCUUUCAAUACUUGUAUUGAUUCUCUCUCUACUUCCAUUUUCAAUAUCUUUUACAAAUUCAGAUUCAAUUGCUUUGUUAGCUUUCAAAUCUUCUUUAGAAAAUCCAUCGCCGGAUUCUCUCUCUUCAUGGUCGGACGGCGGCGACAAAGGCGGUAGUAACAGUCCCUGCAACUGGUUCGGUGUCACAUGCAACCCAUCGACUCACCGAGUCAUCAAACUCGUUCUUAAUAAUCUCAAUCUCACCGCCUCUAUUCUACCAUUAAUCAAACUCACCCAUCUCCGCCACCUCAGUCUCCACCACAACCGUAUCUCCGGCGGCGCCGCCGCCCAAACCCUAGAUAUUUCUUCUUUGCAAAACCUUAAGCACAUUUACCUCUCACAUAAUCGGUUCCAAGGUAAAUUCCCAACCGGAAUCAUCAAACUCCGUCGCCUUCACCGGCUUGAUCUCUCCUACAAUCAUUUCUCCGGUCACAUCCCGUUAAAUGUGUUGACUCAGAUCCCGAGUUUACUCACUCUCCGUCUCGAGUUCAAUUCUUUCACAGGCGAUCUAUUAUUACCGACCAAUCUAUCUGCAGUAACGGAUUUCAACGUCUCCGGCAAUAAUCUCGCCGGAAGAAUACCCAUCUGGCUAUCUAACUUCCCAAUCUCAUCUUUCUCCGGUAACAUCAAACUCUGCGGAAAUCCUCUCCCAUCAAUCUGCUCAAUUCCACCUCCCCCAAACAAGAACCGCCGCCGUUUAAGUCUGACAACUGUACUGACGAUCAUCGCGAUUACCGCAAUCGGUUUAAUCGCAAUCGCCAUAGCGAUCGCUUAUUGCUGCUACGUUCGAAUCUACAAACUUAAUAAAGAAAUCAGAAAGACAGAGAAGAAGACAAACAGAGGAAACAGAGGAAUUUUAGAGAGAGAAAAUGGAGGAAUGGUGUAUUUUGAAGGUUGUAAGGGUUUUGGUAAGGUGGAUGAUCUGUUGAAAGCAUCGGCUGAGAUGUUAGGAAAAGGGAUUGUAGGGACAACUUACAAGGUAACAAUGGACGGUGGAGAUAUGAUGGUGGUGAAAAGGAUUAAGGAGAUGAAGUUAAGGAAAGAUUUUGAUGUUGGUUUAAAGGUGAUUGGGUGUGUUAGACACCAUAAUAUUGUGUGUCUUAGAGCAUACUAUUAUUCCAAAGAUGAGCUGUUAUUGGUUUAUGAUUUCCUGCCUAAUGGAAGUCUCUAUUCUCUAUUGCAUGGAAACAGGGGACCAGGAAGAACACCAUUAGAUUGGACCACAAGAUUAAAGCUGGCAUUGGGCUCCGCCAAUGGUCUAUCUUUCCUCCAUUCCCAAAACAAUUCCAAGUUAUUUCAUGGACAUUUCACCUCUUCAAACAUCAUUGUCGAUCAAAAAGGAAACCCUUCAAUAUCCGACAAUGGCCUCUACCAAAUCUUCCACACAUUCCCAUCUUCAUCUCCAUCCACCACAACCCAUUACGCGCCCGAGCUCGCCAACUCCAACUCCAUCUCCGACGCCCAAUUCAACAAUCCCAAGUUCAUGCAGAGAUGCGAUGUUUAUAGUUUCGGUGUUAUUCUUCUUGAGAUUCUCACUGGAAGAACAGCCACCGGAGAAGGAGAGACUGCAUUGGCGAAGUGGGUGAAAAGGGCUAUUGGGAUUGGAGAUGGGAAGUGGAAGAGAUGGGAUGUGUUUGAUUUUGAAUUGGUGAGGUUUAGAGAAAUGGAGGAGGAGAUGAUGGCAUUGCUUGGGGUGGCUAUGUUGUGUUUGGACGAGGUUCCUAAGAAUCGGCCGAAGAUGGAAGUUGUUCGCCGGAAAAUUGAAGAUAUUAUCACAUUGGGCGGCGGUGGUGGCGGCGGCGCCGGUGGGGGAUGUGGAGUUUCUUCUUUGGAUGAUCAUCAAUCUGAUUCAUCCCCCGCUUUAUCUGAAACUACCCCUAAUUUUACUAGUAGCUGAAUAUUAUUGUUUUGAUUGUAUUCAAUUUAAUUCAUUAUUAAUUUCCUAUUAUGAAACCUCAUAAACAUAUGUAGAUAUUUGUAGUAUUUUCUUUAGUAAUUUUAUGAUUAUUUUUCCAUUA